AAAGUGUGUUUGAGGUGGAUUUUGAAAGGGAAAUCAGUAUCGGAUUCACAAAGCGUUUCAGUGGGAACCUUUCAAAUCUACAAUGUUGGGCACGGCGUCGUGAGUAAUAAAGUAAUGUCCUGUAAAAGCGAAAGGACAGCAUUGUCCAUUAACUAAGUGAAUGAUCGGUAAAUCACCUGAUUUGCCUCCUGCGGCUACAAUUAGCCCCUCGUAUAUGUCGUUUAACUUGACAGAAGGUCGUUUUGCCACAAGGUGAGUGCAGGCUAAAUGAUAAUGGCACAUGUUGGGGCAGUAGUCGCAGCAAUGGCUGGUGUGAUGGCCAUUCUGCUUCAUUCUUCCAUACACAAGAUCGAGGAAGGACAUUUAGCUGUGUAUUACAGAGGAGGAGCUUUGUUGACAACUCCUAAUGGGCCGGGUUACCAUAUAAUGCUGCCUUUCAUCACUUCAUAUAGAUCAGUGCAGACAACCCUGCAAACAGAUGAAAUAAAAAAUGUGCCUUGUGGAACCAGUGGGGGUGUCAUGAUCUAUUUUGACAGAAUUGAGGUGGUCAACAUGCUGGUUCCAUUAGCAGUGGUGGACAUAGUGAAGAACUACACCGCAGAUUAUGACAAGACGCUAAUCUUCAACAAAAUUCACCAUGAGUUAAACCAGUUCUGCAGUGUGCACACACUACAGGAAGUCUACAUAGAACUGUUCGACAUAAUUGAUGAGAACUUAAAGACUGCACUGCAGAAGGACUUGAAUGCUAUGGCUCCUGGCCUCACAAUUCAGGCUGUGCGAGUCACCAAACCUAAAAUUCCUGAGGCAAUCAGAAGAAACUAUGAGCUAAUGGAAGCGGAGAAGACCAGGCUGCUCAUCACCGCUCAGACACAGAAAGUGGUGGAGAAGGAGGCUGAAACUGAGAGAAAGAAGGCCAUCAUAGAGGCUCAGAAAAUGGCUCAGGUGGCAGAGAUUCACUUCCAACAAAAAGUAAUGGAGAAGGAAACAGAGAAAAAGAUCUCCGAAAUUGAAGAUUCUGCUUUCCUGGCAAGAGAGAAGGCAAGAGCAGAUGCAGAAUAUUACACUGCUGCAAAAUUUGCAGAAGCCAACAGGCUGAAGCUCACACCAGAGUAUCUGGAACUGAUUAAAUAUCAGGCCAUAGCCGCGAACAGCAAGAUCUACUUCGGUCAAGACAUCCCAAACAUGUUUGUAGACAACAGUGCCUCCCAACCGACCGCGGGCCAGGGUGCGGCAGACUCGGCAGAGCAGCUGGAGGCCUUGAGUAUGAAAGAGAGUCUUAAGAAAGCGUCCAAGCCCAAAGCCACAGAAGGCCACUGAGGGGCCUGAGAGCUGUCCACCCCUCUCUUUCUCUGUUUUCUCUUUCUCUCUCUUUCUCUGGGUGCUUGUGAGGCAUGCUGACAUGGAUAAUUUUCACUCUUCUUCUGCAGUGGGGUUGGGUGCUUGGCUAACUGUGCUGCGAGACUGACACACAGAGCCUGUGGUUUUCCAGCAGUCACUUGUGGACUAAAAAGGAAUGUCCAGGAACUGUGCUACUGAAUAUUGCCAGGUCGAAUUGAUGCGAUCCAAAUCCCCUCCCUGACUCACAUCAGCGUGCUUUUUCCCCUUUUUUUGCUCUCAACUUUUGCUUAUGUUUCACAAAUCCAUGCUAAUUAUUUGUCAGAUGCAGAUGCAUCUAUGUGAAGUAUGUGAACAUUUCAAGGUUUAACUUUAUGUGUUGUCUUUUACAUAACUGGAAUUAUAAGGCAUCACACUAAUUGAGAUCAAAGGCAAUGGCCGAUACAGCUACAAUCCGAUAAAACUCAUUUUGUAGCCAAAAUUUGUCAUCUACAUUUCCUUCAUAUGUUGUUGAAGGGGUACUUCACCCUAAAGUUUAAAUUCUGUCAUUAUUUAUUCACCCUCAUGUCAUUCCAAACCUCUAUGGCUAUCUUUCUUCUGUGGAAUAUAUUUAAAAAAACGUAUUUUUAAAAAAGACUCAUAAAAUAAGUCAAUGGGAUCCAGUGUUGUACUUCCCUUGGACCCCAUUAAUUUUCAAUAUAUGGACAAAAACGUUAUUGUUCUACUGAAGAAAGAGAGUCAUGCAGGUUUGGAACAACGUGAGGGUAAGUAUCUGAUGACAGAAUUUUCAUUUUUAGGUAAACCAUCCCUGUAGAAAAGUCCUCAUUUCCAUCAUCACUAACUUUAUUAUAAUCACUAAAAUCUUAAUUUAGUCCAGCCACAACUGCAGAGAUCAGUGGCUUUUACAUGUGUAUGUAAGAAUCAGUUUGUUUUAAAAUCAUCCCUGCUUGUUUCUUGUUGAUCUUUGGUUGAGAAUUUUGACACCUGAAUACUUUGGUGUGAAUUUAAUUUAAUAUAAUGUCAGAAAUAGUGGGUUUGGUAUGGUGUUGUCGUGUAGUGUGUUGGUGCCCUGUGCCUGUUUUUGAAUUGUUGGUUCUUAGAAGGUGUCACACUGAACAUGGGUAUGUGGCUUUCAUAAAGUUUCAUAAGAUGUUAAAGGUUUGAUCCAGGGCUCCAGCCUUUGAAAAGCUUUGAGAUGGACAGCUAAUGGAUUCUAUAUAGUUGAGUCUGUUCCUUUAUGACUGAAACUGCCUUUAUGACUUUAGUUAAACUUGCUUGUUUUGUCAUUACUGGAAGGAGUUUAUUUCAAAGGGAAUUCAGUAACAAUAAGGGCUGCUGUAUUAUUAGGCACUAUUGUUUUUUUUUAGCUUUGAUGGGUGAAUGCAUUAAUGAUCAGACAUUCUAACAACAUAUUAUUGCAUGCUGGGUGCCAGAUGAUCAUUUUCUGAAGCCUCAAAAACUUAAUCAAAUUCACCACUAGGGGAAGCCGGUGCUCUUCAAGAAUCAAACUGGGCAACAAAGACCUACGUGACUCAAAAUCAUCUAAAUCAAUAAUAAUAAUAAUGCAUUAAAUCAAACCAUCCAAACAAGGCUUUAAAUAGUGUCUACUAGUACUAUCUCUCAGGAAAAGAGACUUGAAUGACCUGGAUUUUUUUUUUGUACCCUACAUCAAACAUAUAUAAAUUUUAAAAGUCAGAUACAAGGUCAUGUUGUCUGUGUAAAUCUAUCACACAGCACAUAGUCUUACAUCCUCUACAUACUUUUCCAUUAAAGAGACGAGCAUUAAUUUAAUGCAGUUAGUCUGGCUUCUCCUAUUCCCCCUUAAAAUGGACUUUUAUUGUUUUCCUUCAGGGUGUAAGUUUAAUUGUCUCAAAAGCUUUGAAGCAAUUCUUAAAAAAGAUUUUUCUGUUCAUAUGAUCCCUGUGAUUCUUAUUGCUGAUUAAAUGAGAGAGGACAGAACUUGACUGCCCUGGAAUAAAC